AUUUAGUGGGUUUCAAUAUAAUAAUACAGUACUGGAUUAGAUGGAGAAUUCCUGUUUUUUUCUGCCAACUUCGAAGGAUAUUCUAGACUUUACUGAUGUAGUCUUUACAGUUGGGAGACACCUGCCUUCGAUACAGUGCAAUUACCCAUCGUUAUUGAUGGGACAUUUAACCGUGUCUUACUGCAUAGCUCAAUAAUUAGAAUAUAAUUAAAAAUGGUGUACCCAGGGGUGGUGAAAACUGGAGCCUACCAGUUCAACGACGGGACGCGCUACGUGGGCGACUGGAACGACCGCGGUCAGAAGCAUGGCUUCGGCCAGAUGACCCUCCCCGACUCCACAAGGUACCACGGCACCUUCCACAACGGACUCUGUUCGGGACUCGGAGUCAUGUACUUCCCUGAUGGAGCUAAAUACGAAGGUGAACUGAUGCAGGGAUGGUUUCACGGACAUGGCGUUUUUUGGAGAGCCGACGGCAUGAAAUUCGAGGGAGAAUUCCGGGGAGGGCGGAUUUGGGGGCUGGGAAUGGUUACUUUCAAUGACGGAAGUCAUGGCUUUCCACGGAACGAGGGAUUUUUCCAAGAUUGCCGACUCAUCAGGAAAAAACGAUGUCCAGAAGUUAUUCAAAAAGCUCAGAAAGUUGCUCUGCUAGCCAGGGCUCAAACUGAAGAGAAAUAAAUAUUCAAAAAUCUCAACUGUUCUUUUAAAAAUCACCAUUUAUUUUCAAUUAAUUCACAACUAAUUUAUUCAUAGUUUAUUUUCAAUCAAUGAAUUUUCCAAUAUAAAGCUACUGUUAUUGUAAAACGUUACAGUUCCAAAUAAACAUUCAAAUGUUGACAACAAGGAA